AUGCUGUCGCCGUCCACAGAGCAGCAGCAACUGCGUGCCCAGCUUGAGCUCCUCCAGAGCCACGAAGCCGAGCACUCACCCGGAUCGCCCAGCUCCGGCACCCACGACUCCCGCGACGCAUCCACGCGGUCCGCCAACGGCUACGAGGACCUGCACUUUGCCGCCAGCGUCCAGGACACGGCCGCCCGCGCCCUCGCCACCAAGAGCGACGCCGACUCUCACAUCCACCCCGACCUCCGUGCCGUGCAUGACCAGCACUCGCCCACGAGCGCCAUGAUGCAGCUCGCUCAGCAGGACCACCACGGCCACAGCCCCGUGUCGACCGGAGGCCACCCGCAAGGCCCCGCGGCGCCCCCGCUGGCACCGGCCGGCGGCGAUCCCAUGGCCCUGGACUCCGCCGACGGACGCAAGUCUAACAAACGAGAGCUGUCGCAGUCGAAGCGCGCCGCGCAAAACAGAGCCGCCCAGCGAGCGUUCCGCCAACGUAAAGAGGGCUACAUCAAGAAGCUGGAGCAACAGGUCCGCGACUACACCGACAUUGAAAUGACACUGAAGCAGUAUCAGUCGGAGAACUUUGCCCUGCGCGAUUACAUCAUCCAGCUGCAGUCGCGAAUGCUCGAGACCCUUGGCGAGUUCCCCCCGCCACCUUCCAACGUCAACCUAUCCCACAGCCAGUCGGCUGCGGCGACGACAUCCGCAGCAGCAGCACCGGCGGCUGCCACCACCACCGAGGCCCAACCCGAGAAUGCAGCCGCGGGUACCCCGCUCGAGGCCGUCGCUCAGGCCGUCGCCGGCCUAGCCGCCCAGGAGCAGCUGUCGUCGGAGCAGCGCGCGCAGCAGUACGCGGCCGCGGCCGGCACAUACAAGGCCGACGGCCAUCACGAGGACACGCGGACGGCCGACGAGAUCAACCGGCACCUGAAUGCGGAAGAGGGAACAACGGCGUAG